UUGAAUUUCAGUUGGAUGUUAUUGUUGAUGGUGAUUACCCCGCCAGUCAGUUUGGUUGUCAGUAUUUGAUAUAACAUUGACUCAUCUUAAACUGAUGAGAGGGGCUGUCAACUGUCAACUGUCAAGCAUGCGGGGUGAAUCAGCGGCGCAUCAUUUGACUUCACCGCGCUCCUCUAGGCAGGCCACUGUGGAUGUGCACAGCUAAAACUGGCGUAGUCAGACCUCAGCUGCAGUAUUUUUCUGUUGUGGUCCUGGGCUGUGUGUUGGAGGCGAUGCGUCAUGAUUCAUCUGCAAGUCGCCGAAAGGGCAAAACCCCUCAACGUCGCUCCCCGCUGCUGGCCCCAGGGACCUCUGGUUCGACACCCCGGCCCCCAAGACGAAGUGAAGUUUCAAAGGAGCCCCCUGUAACUCCCAGGAAGAGAAGGUUUCGACCAGGGACCAAAGCCUUAAUGGAGAUCCGCAAGUACCAGAAGAGCACAGAUCUUCUGCUUAGGAAAGGACCCUUCUCUCGCCUGGUUCGUGAAGUGUGCGAGAGUUUUUCCAGAGAAAGUCUCAGAUGGCAGGUCUACGCUCUACUGGCCCUGCAGGAGGCUGCAGAGGCGUUUCUCGUCAUGUUAUUCUCAGAUGCCAACCUGUGUGCCAUCCAUGCCAAGCGGGUCACAGUGUUCCCCCGUGAUAUUCAGCUAGCCAGGAGAAUCCGUGGAGUGGAUAACCUGUAAAAACAACCCAGUACAGAGUGGACAAGCCAGCAACAUUCUUUCUUCUUCACUCUGUUCUGGUGCUAUGAUACUGCAUAGUUGGGAAUGUGGGUUUAAAUUUUCCUGGGAAAAGAAAUCGUAUGUGUUGGUAGAUCAUCAGAGGUUUUAUGAAAAGAUACCAAGUUCACGUUCAGGUCCUUUGUGUUUGCUUCAGGUCACCUUUACAAAUUGAAUAAGCAGAUGUAUCUUUUCAUACUUACUAAUAUUAUAGAUCUGCUAUGUUUGUGUGACAUCUCUGUUGUGUUAAUUUUGAUAUAUUUUUAAUGUGUACACAAUGUUACCCAUUCAAGAAAACUUGUUGAUAAAAAGCAAAUCUUUUUCUAUUACAUUCCUUAUGUCUUAAA